UUAAGAAAUACAACUCGAAUGCAGAAUGCUGAGCAGAACAGGAUGAAGCCCAUGAUAGAAGCCGCCAUAAUUGACUUAUGCACCAAUACCAGCACCUUGUUUCCCGGAAAUAUGGUGAUCGCCGACUUGGGUUGCUCCUCUGGCACAAACGCGCUAGUGCUGGUAUCGACUGCCAUCGAGGCCAUCCACAGUUACUGCAUUCAGUUCCAAAGGCAACCACCUGAAGUGUGUAUAUUCCUCAAUGACCUUCCUGACAACGACUUCAACAUGGUGAUAAAGAGCUUGGUCACGUUCCGGAAAAUGAAUGAGCCUAUUGUGGUGGCCAGUGUCACGCCAGGGUCAUUUUACGAGAGACUCUUCACUAGUGGCUCAUUACAUCUUGUUUGCUCGUCCAGCAGCCUGCAUUGGCUCUCAAAGGCUCCAGAAGUACUAACAAGGAACCAUAUCCCAGCGUACAACAUUGAUGAGCAUGCAAGACGUGAAAUGCUUCCUAUGAUCCACGAGGCUUAUGCACAACAGUUUAAGAAUGAUUUCACACAUUUCCUAAAGCUAAGAGCCAAAGAAUUCCUCUCAGGAGGCCGGAUGGUUAUUUCUAUUACAGGAAGGCAUUCUGAUGGAAUUGACUCCAAACUAUUUCACAUAUGGGAAAGCAUAGUUCAGAUUCUAAGUGUUAUGGCCUUAGAGGGUGUCAUCGACAAAGAAAAGUAUGAUUCCUUCUACGUGCCGAUGUAUGGACCUUCCAGUGAAGAGCUUAGGGAGAUCAUCCAAGAAGAGAGCUCCUUUUCGAUCCAGGAGAUGGUAGUGCGCAGCUUAACAAGUGAUGCAGACUCUGCUCUCUUCACUCCAAAUAUGUACAUGUGCCAGAUGCGAGCCGUGUUUGAGCCCUUGAUUGUGAAACAUUUUGGAGAAGUGAUGGAAGAAUUCAUGAGAACCGCAGAGAGGCUAUGGAGCUUGGACGGAAUCUUGAGAGAUCAUCUUUCUAGACUAACAUGGCUAUCUGUAUCCCUCACCAAGGCAUGA